AUGGCGAAAGCAAGCAAAAAGAGAAAAUACACGGAGUGUGAGCUGGAAACACUACUAACAGAGGUGGAGGCCAGGAAGAUAGUCCUUUUUGGCUCCCUGUCCUCUGGGAUAAACACAAAAAGGAAAAAAGGCGAGUGGGAUCUUUUGGCUGCGUCCGUAAACGCUGUGGGGUCGGAGCACCGCAGCACACAGGAAAUAAAAAAGAAGUGGUCAGACAUAAAGGUGGAGGUGAAGAGGAGAGCAGCUGCACACCGGCGAAGUGCGGCCAUGACGGGUGGUGGAGCAGGCACAGAGGCGCUCACCCCUUUUGAGGAGCGCGUGUGCGCAAUUGUGGGUGAGACCGUCCUCACAGGAUUCCUACCUGUCGCUGAGGGCGACGCCGUCUCAUUUGAGCAGCCAAAUGAAGAUGAUGCCGAACCGGGAACCUCGGGGGUCACAGCAUCCUCCCUCCCAUCUGAGGAACCCCGCGCCACCGCUGCCUCUGAUCCUGAGGCCCAUCCGACCGGCCUCAUGCUGACGCAGGCGUGGGACGCCAUGGCGGUGCGCCAGAUUGUGCAAGGUGGCACAAGCAAUAAUGAUGCGGCCCACCUUGUCGGGGCGGUACAGCAGCAUCCCCCCGCUCCUGUCCAGACAGCGCCACCGACAAUUCAGCUGCCCGAUCGCUUGCUCUACAACAGCUCUAGUGAUGGUAUGAGCGUGGUUGUAAGCGAGUUCUCGGGCAGUCUGGGGGCACAAAAGGAGAGACAGCUGGAUGAGGCAGCAAAGAUGCAGACAUCAAAGGUGCCAGACAUCCUCCCUCCUCUGGACCAGCCAGACAUCCUCCCUCCUCUGGACCAGCAACCACCUCCUUUGGACCAGCAACCACCUCCUCUGCACCAGCCAGACAUCCUCCCUCCUCUGCACCAGCCAGACAUCCUCCCUCCUCUGGACCAGCCAGACAUCCUCCCUCCUCUGGACCAGCCAGACAUCCUCCCUCCUCUGGACCAGCCAGGUUCUUCCCUCUCUUUUAUAGCCAAGCCAAAGCAUCCUCUACCUCAUCUGCACUAG